GCUCCCGCGAGCACUGUUAGACGUGGCAGUUCACUGAGCGCUCCCGGGCGGGGAGAGCGAGCGAGCAGGAGAGGCGGGAGCCUGGAGCCGGCUGCCACGCUCUCCCUCCUUCUGACAAGCGCCUGCUGGACCCGCUUGGAACGGCGCGACCCGCGGAGCCUCCGCGCGGCGAGAAGGACGGACGGGACCGCGGGAGACUGGCCAGUAAACAUAUUUUGCUUGAUUUGGAUGUGGAAGAAAAUGAAGGAGUAGGCGAGGGAACUGGGGUGCACAAGGAGAGGAAGAUGGAAGUAUCCAAGCUCCAGGUUUUCCAUCAGAAAUAAACCACUGCUAAAAUGAAUCAGCAAGGAUAUGUUGCAACACCUCCAUAUUCUCAGCCCCAGCCAGGAAUGGGAGGAUUCUCUGCUGGUUUGGGGCAACCUGCUUCUCCACAUAUGUAUGGACACUAUGGUGAUGUAAACUCACCUUCUUCUGCAUCUCAAUCAGCUAUGUUGAAACCUAAUGUGCCUUUCGGGUCUGCUGCUCCUAUUGGUUCACCAUCUCCUAGCGCUCACCAGUUUAACCAAACCAAUAUCCAGAAUGGGCCCAGCGCUGCAGCACAACAAUCGCAGAGGUUUCCACCUUCUUCACCUUCCUUCCCCCCCUACAGCCAUCCAUCCCCGUCCUCCUAUCCAAACAGUCCACCCCCUUCUUCUGCACAGCUGGCCAAUCAGCUUGGCAACAUGCAAAUAAAUAAUUAUGGUCCUGGUAACACCCCAAACACACCUCCUUGCAUGCCUUCUGGCCUCCCACCACCUUUGCAAGCUCCACCACCUCGACCACAUCAAAUGGCCUUGUCGUCUGGUCCUCAGAUUUCUUCUUCACCAGCAAAUAAUUUGACCAGUCACUGCGCUCCACCUUCAAUGGCCAGGCAAGAGGGGAUCCCUGGCUCAAACCCACCGAACACCAAUUUGCCACCACAACUCACAAGCCAACCCACAGGCCCUGGGUUUCCUCCCCAGUAUGGAAAUUAUGGUCCUCCAAUGGCAGGUGCACAGUUGUCUUAUCCAGGGGGGCUCCCAUCAGGUCCAGCACAAUUGGCUGGGCCACAGCAGAAGAAACUAGAUCCCGAUUCCAUUCCAAGCCCGAUCCAGGUUAUCGAAAAUGACAAAGUGUCCCGGGGAGGUCAAAUCUAUGCUACCAACAUCAGGGGUCAAGUUCCUCCUCUGGUUACUACAGAUUGUGUGAUCCAAGAUCAAGGUAAUGCCAGCCCUCGCUUCAUUCGAUGUACCACAUACUGCUUUCCUUCAUCUUCAGAUCUGGCGAAACAGGCUCAGAUUCCGUUAGCUGCUAUCAUCAAACCAUUUGCCAAUGUUCCAUCAAAUGAGACGCCCCUUUAUGUGGUAAAUCAUGGUGAAACAGGACCUAUUCGAUGCAACAGGUGCAAGGCUUAUAUGUGCCCCUUCAUGCAGUUCAUUGAGGGUGGAAGACGAUAUCAGUGUGGAUUUUGUAACUGUGUGAACGAUGUUCCUCCAUUCUAUUUUCAACAUCUGGAUCAUGUUGGCAGAAGAAUAGACCACUACGAAAGGCCAGAGUUAUCUCUAGGAUCAUAUGAAUACAUUGCUACUUUGGAUUAUUGCAAGAACAACAAGCCUCCACAGCUGCCAGCCUAUAUCUUCAUGAUUGAUGUUUCCUACAAUAACAUAAAGAGUGGCCUUGUUAAACUUAUCUGUGAGGAACUGAAGACUGUAUUGGAUAGACUUCCCAGGGAGGAGCAAGAGGAGGCUUCAACUAUUCGGGUUGGAUUUGUCACCUACAACAAAGUCCUCCAUUUCUUCAAUGUAAAACGCAAUCUUGGCCAGCCUCAGAUGAUGGUGGUCACUGAUGUCAGUGAAGUCUUUGUCCCUUUACUGGAUGGUUUCCUCGUCAACUUUCAGGAGUCAAAAGCUGUCAUAAACAACUUGCUGGACCAGAUUCCAGAGAUGUUUACAGACACUAAUGAGAGUGAGACUGUCUUUGCUCCUGUUAUCCAGGCUGGCAUGGAAGCGCUAAAGGCAGCAGAGUGUGCUGGUAAGCUGUUUAUCUUCCAUUCUUCCUUGCCGACUGCAGAAGCACCAGGGAAGCUGAAAAGCAGAGAUGAUAGAAAAUUGGUUAAUACAGAAAAAGAAAAGACACUGUUUCAACCCCAGACAAAUAUUUAUGAGACCCUGGCCAGAGACUGUGUCGCUAGUGGCUGCUGCGUGGAUCUGUUCCUUUUCCCAAACCAGUAUGUUGAUGUAGCCUCCAUGGGCCUUGUAACAAUGCACACAGGAGGAACCCUGUACAAAUACAACAAUUUUCAGGUCCAUUCUGACAGCCCCCAAUUUCUGAAUGAUCUCAGGAAGAGUAUAGAAAAACGGAUGGGAUUUGAUGCUAUCAUGAGGGUUCGUACUAGCACAGGUUUCAGGGCUACAGACUUUUUGGGAGCUGUUUACAUGAACAACACCACGGAUGUCGAAAUGGCAGCAGUAGAUUGUGACAAAGCAGUGACAGUGGAGUUCAAGCAUGAUGACAAGUUGAAUGAAGACAAUGGAGCUUUAAUCCAGUGUGCCGUUCUCUACACAUCGAUGAGUGGUCAAAGACGACUGCGUGUACAUAAUAUUGGCCUUAACUGUAGCUCCCAGUUAGCUGAGGUCUACAAGAGCUGUGAGACCGAUGCGCUUAUAAAUUUCUUUGUUAAAACAGCUUACAAAGCCAUUAUCAGCCAGCCAUUGAAGACUGUCCGUGAGAUCCUGGUGAACCAGACAGCUCGCAUGCUGGCAUGCUACAGAAAGAACUGUGCUAGCCCAUCUGCAGUGAGCCAGCUUAUCCUUCCGGAUGCAAUGAAGGUGCUCCCAGUCUACAUGAACUGUCUCCUGAAAAGCUGUGUGCUGAUAGGCAAACCCGAGAUUUCCACGGAUGAAAGAACUUUUCACCGACAACUGGUCAUGUCAAUGGACGUCGCUGGCACCCAACUUCUAUUCUAUCCACAGCUUCUGCCAAUUCACUCUAUGGAUGUAAAAAGCGACGUGUUCCCCUCUGCUGUUCGCUGCUCCGAAGAACGUCUGUCUGAAGGAGGACUAUUCUUACUGGCAAAUGGGGUACACAUGUUCUUGUGGCUGGGAGUCAGCGCCCCACCAGAGCUUAUCCAGGGGAUAUUUAAUGUGCCCUCCUUUGCACAUGUCAACACAGAGGCUACACUUCUUCCUGAAGUAGACAAUCCCUACUCUAAGAAACUGAGAUCAAUGAUUGAUCAUCUGCAGAGCAAAACACCUUAUUCCAUGAAGAUCCUGAUUGUGAAGCAAAGGGAGCAAGCAGAAAUGGCUUUCAAACAAUUCCUGGUUGAAGACAAGAGUAUUUAUGGAGGAGCUUCUUACGUGGAUUUCUUGUGUUGUGUUCAUAAAGAGAUUUGUCAGCUGCUCACCUAAUGGAUGCUAGAAUAUUAAUUCUCUUUGCAUUUUGUCAAAAGGGACUAUUUUUAAGUGACCAACCACCAGAAGGUGCUUUUUAAUGCUACCUUUUUGUACAGUUUCUAAUUUCAUACACUAGUGCCCCUUUUCAUAAUAAUGUAGCAUAGGAAAGUCUGUGCUCAGGUAUAACUCCUAUGGGAGAGCAUUUAUUGUUCUUUAAAAGGAAAAAAUAUUUCUUAUGGCAAGAUCUGGAAUCCUGGAAUCUUUCAAUGCUUAAAGCAUGUGGUUUUCAUUUCAUAAACUUUCAAUAAAUUGCAAAGCAUUAUAAA